AUGAAGACUCCUUUCAGCAACCGAUACAAGGAUGCAUCCGACGCAUUAGAAACACAAAAUCGAUAUCAUUCUCUCACAGUCUCUAAGAUUCUAGAAAGUACUAGUACCGACCAGCCAACCAUGAAGACCAAGAACCAUCCUUCCAGCACCAAGAAGGCUACUACCGCUCCUGCCAAGAAAGCUCAAGGGCCUAGCAAGACCAUGCGCCCAGCAAAACAGGCUGCCGUCGCCAAGCUAUGCACGAAGGCAGACAUCAUGCACCCAGUGUCUGGAUCCGAAAAACAAGUCCAGGCCAACACCAUCGCUGAGUUGGUGGCCGAGAACAAGAGGCUUACUACCGAGGUGAAUGGGUUGAAGCGCAGCUGCAAGCAUUAA